AUGGCCAACGUAAGACCGCUUAGUGAAGAAUUACAAAAAAAUGCCGAGGCAUUGGGAGAGGUACCAGCACGUCUGGCCGAUGAUUUGGCCGCAUUGAAGGAAUGGAUACGCCAGCAGCCACAUUUGAGAGCGAAUACAGAUGAUCAAUUUUUGGUAGCCUUCCUGCGCGGUUGUAAAUAUUCAUUGGAAAGGGCCAAGGCAAAAAUCGAUAAAUUUUUCACAUUGAAAUCAAAAUUCCCGGAAAUAUUCUCCGCCACCGAUGUCAAUGAUCCGAAAUUUAGAGAUAUUUUCCGUUUGGGCAUGUGGUUAUAUCUGCCAACACCCUUAAACGAAAAUGGUCCUCGACUUGCUAUUAUGCGCAGCGGUCUUUAUUCCACCGAUAAAUACACUGCCGAAGAAGUGAUGCAAGUUGCCAGCGCCUUACAGGAAAUACUCAUCCUUGAAGAUGAUUAUGCCAAUGUAAAUGGUGUUAUAUUUAUUGGUGAUUUCGAAAAGGCCACCAUGGCACAUUUUAUGCAAUUCACACCAUCGCUAAUGAAGAAAAUGACCGUGUUCUCAGAGGAAGCUGUACCCCUGCGGCCAAAGGCAUCACAUUUCAUUAAGACACCCGCAGGAUUUGAACCCGUUUUCAAUAUGAUCAAACCCAUGAUGUCCGAGAAGCAACAGAAGAGAUUAUUUGUCCAUGGCAAUAAAAUGGAUGCCUUGAUCAAGGAAAUCCCUCUGAAAUAUUUACCCAAAGAAUAUGGCGGUGAAAAUGGCUCCUUCGAUGAAAUUAUUGCCGAAUGGGAUAAAAAACUUGAUGCCUAUAGUGAUUACUUUAAAAAGAAUGCUGAAUAUGGUACCGAUGAAAAAUUGCGCCCGGGCAAAGCCAUUGAUUUUGACAGCAUGUUUGGCAUGGAGGGUUCAUUCCGUAAAUUAAAUGUUGAUUAAUUUAUA